AUGAGCCUCGUUCAUAUAAUUGACGUUGAGUCUGGAAAUCUCCAGUCUUUGCAGAACGCUAUUAACUAUUUAGGAUAUGAGACUAAAUUGAUCAAGUCAGCUUCAGAUCCAGAAUUGCUUACUGCUGAGAGAUUGAUUCUCCCAGGUGUCGGGAACUUUGGUCAUUUUCUUGACAAUUUGGCAUCUCGUGGAUUUGAACAACCUAUAAAAGAUUACAUUGCCUCUGGUAGGCCAUUGAUGGGAAUUUGCGUCGGGUUGCAAUCACUAUUCGAUGGGUCUGUAGAAUCACCAAAAAGCAAAGGUCUAGGGUUAAUACCAGGCACAUUGAGCAAAUUCAGCACCACUGAUGGGAAGAGUGUUCCAGAGAUUGGCUGGAACACUAUUGUCCCAGAGGAAGAUCUUUUCUUUGGACUAGACCCUUAUAAGAGAUACUAUUUUGUUCAUUCUUAUGCUAUGAUUGUUAACGAUAAUCAAUUGGACGUAUUAAGAGGAAAUGGAUGGAAGACUGCCCUAACUAAAUAUGGAAAUGAAAAGUUUGUUGCUGCAGUGCAAAAGGAUAAUGUUUUCGCAACUCAGUUCCAUCCUGAGAAGUCCGGAGAAGCUGGUUUGAAGGUCAUUGAUAACUUUUUGAAAGGCAUUCACCCAGUUACACAGUACACCGACGAACAAAAAGCUAUUUUAGCUAAUGAUUACACCAACUUUGGUCUCACUAGAAGAAUAAUUGCUUGUCUAGAUGUACGCACCAAUGACCAAGGUGAUCUAGUCGUUACAAAAGGUGACCAAUACGAUGUUCGUGAGAAGUCCGAAGAAGGUAAUGUCAGAAAUCUAGGUAAACCAGUAGAGCUUGCACAACGUUAUUAUAAGCAAGGCGCAGAUGAAGUAACGUUCUUGAACAUCACUAGUUUCAGAAACUGCCCGCUAAAAGAUACGCCGAUGCUAGACGUUUUACGAUUAGCAGCCAAAACUGUUUUCGUUCCUUUAACAGUUGGAGGUGGUAUCAAAGAUGUAGUGGACACAGAUGGCACAAAAAUUCCAGCUUUAGAAGUAGCUGGUAUGUACUUCAGGUCAGGUGCUGAUAAAGUUUCAAUUGGAACAGAUGCGGUGUUUGCUGCAGAGAAAUAUUAUGCUAAUGGUGAAAAGGGCGAUGGAACUUCUCCAAUCGAAACUAUUUCUAAAGCUUAUGGUGCACAAGCUGUAGUUAUAUCUGUAGACCCUAAGAGGGUUUACGUUAAAGACCCUAGUGAAACAAAAAAUAAAUGUUUCGAAACAGUCUUUCCUAGCGAAGAUGGAAAGAAAUGGUGCUGGUAUCAAUGUACCAUUAGAGGUGGAAGAGAAACGAGAGACCUUGGUGCAUGGGAACUAGCUCAUGCUUGUGAGGCUCUUGGCGCCGGUGAAAUCCUACUAAAUUGUAUAGACAAAGAUGGGUCAAAUUCUGGCUAUGAUCUGGAAUUAAUCGAUCAUGUCAAGAGUGCGGUUUCAGUACCUGUUAUAGCUUCUUCCGGUGCAGGAAUUCCUGCCCAUUUCGAGGAGGCUUUCGAAAAGACAAAAGCUGACGCAUGCUUAGGAGCGGGAAUGUUCCACAGAGAAGAAUAUACUGUGAAGCAAGUAAAGGAAUACCUUGCUUCUAAAGGUUUGAAAGUGAGACUUGAUGAAUUUUGA